CCUAAAAACAAGGCACUACCAACAACUGCAAACUCUUUCUCUCUCUCUACUUUUUCAGAAAAAAUUCAUGGCUAACACAAGACAGUCACUCUCUCUCUCUCUCUCUCUAGAAAAAUACUCUCUUUCUCUCUCCAAAAACCCAUAUCAUUGAGUCAUCACACUUACCCUUUUCCUUCUUUUUUUCUAUGUCUAUGUCUGCUAUAAGUUUUAUAACUAUAUAUAUUAGUACUAUGUCUGUAUUAAAUGUAUUUAUCUUUUUCACUGUUCCUAUCUUCAGCAGAUGUCACAAUGCAAAGAAUCAUCAGCCCACAAACAAAGGAUGAUGAAAGAAGAAGAAAACACACACACACACACACCAAAAAUCAACUCUUUCUUUCUCUGUAAUGGCCCAGGUGGACCAAAAUUUAUACUAUAACCAAAGAGGAGAAGUAUUCAUAUGUCUUGUUAACUAAAAACCCACCUCAUAUACACACCAUUUAACCAUAAAGACACAAUCUUUCCAUAAAUACCCUUCUGCAACACCCCUAAAAAGAUCCAAUCUUUCAUCACUUCACCACUGUCUCUAAAAAAACAAAAACAGCAAUGUAUUACUACUAUAGUAUUUUUCUUCUCCAUUUAUGUGGGCUUUUUGGGGUUUGUCUUUCUUUGUCAAGAACCUUCUCACCACCUCUCUCUUUUCCUUUCUUUCCCUAUUUACUAGUACUUCUUUUCUUUGUUGUAUUAUUAUUGUUUUGUCACUUACACGCCUCUCUUUCCUCUCUUUUUUCUCUCUUCUGCCGCCUUGACUCUUUUUCAUAUUUUCCAAGAUCUGAUCUUUUUGUGAUUUGAUGUCUAAAAAGAUGAAAGGGGUGUCUUUAGAAUCCUCAUCUUAUGGUGUUUUUGAAGAUUCAAAGGCUAGGUUGAAGCGUCAGAUACUAUUUCAGGAUUAUCAAGAUCUCCACAAGGAAACUGAUGGCAUGAGGCACAAAUUGGAGGAUUCAAAACUGAGGAAACUAAGAUUACUAGCUGAAGUUCUUUUCUUACGCCAGAGGCGCACGCAUUUAUUGCAGUUGAAGUCCUUAAGUCGUCCACAAGGGCAACAGCUAGUACCAAUGCCAAAUCCAGAAACUUACGACAAAAGCAGGUCAAAGGAUAAAGUCUACAGCAAAAAGGAGUUUGAGCUUAAAAAACUGACCCCACUUCCUGGCCCGAAACAGAACGGAAGGAUACAGGUCGCUUCCAAGAAGACACCUGAUAUUCAGGUGAGGCAAAAGCACAAAUUAGGCGAUGGAAAAGAUGAUGUUUUACAUAAUGCAGUUUUAGGUUCGAACCCUAAAGCAAGAGUAUAUAGCGGAAAGGAAGUUCCACCCCGAAAAGGAGCUUUAGCUGUUGAUUUGAAGCAAAACGAGAGAUUAUACAUAGCGAACAGUGCUGUCUUACGGAGGAGCAGCACACCUGCUUUUGAUUUAAAUCAGGAAACUGGUCAUAGUGGCAAAGAAGCUGCAUUGCCUACUCGUGCUCCAGUCUUCGAUUUGAAUGAAAUCUCGAUGGGGGACGAGGAAACACAAGCAAAUUUUGAGCAGGUGCAGUUUGAGGAGCCAAGGAGAAGUCUUAUCCGAAACCUCAGUGAUGAUCAGCACAACGAUUUGAAGUUAUUGGUUUGCAGAAAUGUUGGAGAAGGCACUUCCCAGGUGGGAAAGCGAAAAUUAUCAUGGCAAGACCCUGUUGCUUUGAGGGUUUGACCUGUCUUUCACUAUUCAGUUAAAUGUGGUAAGAAAAGUUUGAGGGAGCGUUGAGUGUUAUUGAACCUGAACUGGCCUUACUAGGUCAAUUGUUCUGUUGACAUGUAGGCUUAAUCUUUUCCUUUUUGUGUAUAGGAAGUUCUUAUACAUGUAAUAUGUGCACACACUAUAUGUUGAUCGCGAGCAACGAGAUAUAGUCAGUAUAAUUCGUUCUCUACAUAAAAUAGCAUAUGUUGUUCAGAAGUUUUCUGUACAAGCAAGGGAUUUGGUCUUCUCUGUUUGUUGGAUUCCACAUUGAUGACAUGGGAACUCAACUUAGGUGUUCUUUGUUAUUCUUUCUGCUACCUGGAAUAGUUUACUAUAUUCCUUUUGGAUUCUCAUCACCGUCGAGACGAGUUCUUCAAACAGGUUGGUUGCUUGAGAUUAGUUCUGAUACCACUGGGUGCAGGAAAAGGGGAAUGGGAUGUGAGAUAGAUGAAGGGCAGCCCGAUGAACUAAGCUCCUGCUAUGCGCGGGUUUCGAGGAAGGGCCGGAUCACUUGGGUCUAUUGUACGCAGUCUUACCUUGCAUUUCUACAAAAUGCUGUUUUCACGACUCAAACCCGAGACGUCCUGGUCACAUGACAACAAUUUUACUAGUUCCGACGCCUACAUUUCUGCAAGAGGCUGUUUUCACGACUCAAACCCGUGACGUCUUGGUCACAUGACAACAAUUUUACCAGUUCCGACAAGACUUUCCUUCUAGUAUCUGGUGAAUAAUUUUCAAUUAUCCAGAAGCAAUCCGAUGAAUGUUUUCGCUUUACCAGUUACACAAAGACUCUUUUAUUGGAAUGAUAUUGGUCAAUGACGAGAUCGUCUGCAGCUAGAGGAAUAGGAUUUAGUAGAAGCCAAUUGUCAAGGCUGUUUUCCAGUUGCUCCUAUACACAAGAACUGCAUGAACUUCACUUAUUUAUCUUGGUUUGAAAUGUUGUUUGAAAGGAAAAGUACUUAUGAGAAUGAUCCUUGUGACUUGUGAGCUACAUUAUGCUGUGAUUGGAGUCCAAUGAUGUAUUUUCAGCUUGUUAUGAACAAGAUGUAAGUUUGAAAAAUUUAAGAACCUGGCUCUUACCUUGUAGAUUGGAUAACUAAGUGGCACCCGAGGGUGUUGUGGCCCUAUGGUCAAUGAAAUAGGAGGAAGACCAUGAAGUUUCAGCUUCAUA